UCUAAAUUCCAGUAAUAGCAAAGUCCAAAUCCUGAAAUAUGUCGAAAGCAAAUAAACCAUACUUCAACAAGGUCUGGGAUCUUGGCAAGUGGGAAUCGCGGGACAUUAAGCACUACGGCUCCAUAAAGCGCAUCCAAAAACAGCUUCGCAUUGGAAACUGGGAGUAUCUGUGUCAACAUCCAGAGAUACGUGCCAUAAUUCGGGUAAUCUUGCACCAGGCUCUCAAUGGGAAGCCAAAACCAGAUAAUCUCCGAAAGUUUGUGGCAGAAUUGUUCAACUGCAAGGAGAACCCUUUACUGGUGCCAAUGAUAAACACUCAGCUCAAGUACGUUAAAGAUCAGCUGAGCCGAGGCCGCUGGAGCAAUUUUGAUGCGGAGAUGCUGUUCAUGGAGAGUCCUUCGACGCACUCGCUCCUCUCCACGGCCUCCGAGGACAGCAAUGUGCAUCCCGUGCUCACCUAUGCCCUCGUCUUUAAAAAACCCGACGAGUGUGGCAUCGAUAAGCCCCCAUUCUAAAACCGAAACAAUAGCAAAGAUUUGACUUAAGAUGUCUGGUUUAACUAGGAAAAGUACUUACUAUGACAUUUAAAUUAGUUUGGAUAGUAUUG